AUGAAGCGCAAGCGCCGAAGAGAGUCUCACAAUCUCGUUGAACGUCGUCGCCGCGAUAACAUCAACGAAAGGAUCCAAGACUUGAGCAGGCUUGUGCCCUCGCACAGGCUCGAAGACGAGAAGAUUCGAAAGAUGAUUCAGAAUGGAACGCCACUGUCGCCCACGCUGUCUGGUAUUUCCAGCCCCUCCCAGGCGACAUCUGGCCUGGCUGGGCCUGGCGCUCGCCGCGCGACAGGUGGAGCUGCUGGCAACAUCACGACCGGUCUGCCUCUGGAAGACAAGGACAAGGGACCCAACAAGGGCGAUAUUCUGAACGGCGCUGUCAGCUGGUCUCGCGAUCUGAUGUGGAUGCUCCAUCUCAAGCUUCAACAGCAGGAGGAGCUCAUGAACAUCAUCGCCGAGCUCGGCGGUCAUUUCCCUUUUGAGCUGACAGAUGACGAGAAACGAAUGCAAACUGAGCUCAUGGAGGCCAUCUCCAAGAACGACGCCCUGGGCUACUCGCGCACAGCAGGAUCUGGCCUGCGCGUUCCCAAUCACACCGAUCUCCGCGGCGAGCCGCUCAACGGCUCCGGGAACCCUUCUGACGGUCUCGGCGGCAGCCCACUCGACAAUGACGACGGCACAGUCACCGGCGACUUGACUGGCGCUAAUGAGUUUUGGAAUGACCCCGAUGAUGACGUCUCGCUUAACUUUAAGGGCGAUGACGACUUCGGCAUGGACCUCACGCAGUAA